GGGGAAAAAAAAUCCCUCCCCGGCGCUGGCGGCGGCAGCCGGGUUAAGGUGCUCGCGCGGCAGCUGCGCGGCGGCAGCCUCCUUCGUCCGCCGCCGACUCGGCGCCCGCCAGCCUGCGGCCGGCCAUGGCAGGAGCCGGAGGCGGCGGCUGCCCCGCGGGCGCCAAUGACUUGCAGUGGUGCUUCUCGCAGGUCAAGGGGGCCAUCGACGAGGACGUGGCCGAAGCUGACAUCAUCUCAACUGUUGAAUUUAAUUACUCUGGAGAUCUUCUUGCAACAGGAGACAAGGGCGGCAGAGUUGUUAUUUUUCAGCGGGAACAAGAGAAUAAAAGCCGUCCUCAUUCUAGGGGAGAAUAUAAUGUGUACAGUACCUUUCAAAGUCAUGAACCAGAGUUUGACUAUUUGAAAAGUCUGGAAAUUGAGGAAAAAAUUAAUAAAAUUAGGUGGUUACCACAGCAGAAUGCUGCUCAGUUUCUACUCUCCACAAACGAUAAAACUAUUAAAUUAUGGAAAAUAAGUGAACGGGAUAAAAGAGCAGAAGGUUAUAACUUGAAAGAUGAAGAUGGACGACUUCGAGACCCGUUUAGAAUCACAGCACUGCGGGUCCCAAUAUUGAAGCCCAUGGACCUUAUGGUAGAAGCAAGUCCACGACGGAUUUUUGCAAAUGCUCACACAUAUCAUAUAAAUUCCAUUUCAGUAAACAGUGAUCAUGAAACGUAUCUUUCUGCGGAUGACCUGAGAAUUAAUCUGUGGCAUUUAGAAAUCACGGAUAGAAGCUUUAACAUCGUGGACAUGAAGCCCGCCAACAUGGAGGAGCUGACAGAGGUGAUCACUGCGGCUGAGUUCCACCCGCACCAGUGCAACGUGUUUGUCCACAGCAGCAGCAAGGGGACCACCAGGCUGUGUGACAUGCGCUCCUCAGCCCUGUGUGACACACACUCUAAGUUUUUUGAAGAACCUGAAGAUCCCAGCAGUAGGUCUUUCUUCUCAGAAAUCAUUUCCUCCAUCUCCGACGUGAAAUUCAGUCACAGCGGUCGGUACAUGAUGACCCGAGACUACCUGUCAGUGAAGGUGUGGGACCUCAACAUGGAGAGCCGGCCGGUCGAGACCCACCAGGUCCACGAGUACCUUCGAAGCAAGCUGUGCUCUCUCUACGAAAAUGACUGCAUCUUUGACAAGUUUGAAUGCUGCUGGAGCGGUUCAGAUAGUGCGAUCAUGACUGGGUCCUACAACAACUUCUUCAGAAUGUUUGACAGAAACACGCGGAGGGACGUUACCCUGGAAGCUUCCAGAGAGAACAGCAAGCCUCGAGCCAGUCUGAAGCCUCGGAAGGUGUGCACGGGCGCCAAGAGGAAGCGGGACGAGAUCAGCGUGGACAGCCUGGACUUUAGCAAGAAGAUCCUGCACACCGCCUGGCACCCGGCGGGCAACGUCAUCGCUGUGGCUGCCACCAACAACCUCUACAUCUUCCAGGACAAGGUCAACUAGCAACGCGUGCGUACACAGCUAAGCCCGGCCGUUUCUGUCGAGGGAGGGCGUUGUCCUCCCCACAGAGAGCAGGGGGCGCUUCGGUCCCCUCGGAGACGGGGGCGGGUGGCCUCGGCAGAGCCUGCGUGUCUCUGCCCGCAGCAGGGGGGCUGUGGGGCUCGCUGCCCAGCAAGGAGCCCGCUCGGAGCAGACGGACGGAUAGAGCUCAGUCGAAACCGUUGCUCAAAAUAAGUGUAUUUAUUUAAGUCCGAGCCAUCCUUCCCGGUUUAUAGACUAAAACGUUACCACCCAAGAGAACGGCUGUUGUCAGAUCUCUAGUCUCGUCCUGCUCUGCCGUCCGGGGCCCACGUGUGGCUGCACCGGCCGCCCUGACCCGGGGCCCUCCGCCCAAGCAGCUCAGGCAGCUCCCCACCUGUGUGGCCCUCACCCCAGGUGUGGCCGCCCAGUGAGGGUGACACUGCGCAGGGUCUGCAGUCCCCUCCUGAGCCGUCUCUGCUUUGACCAUCGAGUCACGGGGCUGGCGCUCCAGGGCGCGUGGGAGCCUGGUCCUUCGAUGGCAGAGCGGUGGUAGCUGUGCAGUUCUGCAGACUGAGCAUGCCUGUCCCCACACGCCCACCUUCUGGUCUGGAGAAGUAGCACGCCCGACACGCCAGGCAAGGUCUGGGGAAAGCCUUAACUGACCACCUCUGAGAAAGAAAACUGCAGGAACGCCAUGGAGGUGCUGCUACGAAACCAACACCGGCUUUGCCCUGUGCAAACCUCACUGUGGUUGGAAACUUCCGUGCUUCCUUUUAACUUUUUAAACCGUCCUGGAGGGGCGUACUUUUUAAACUUGGUAACACGAUCUGCAUGCUGAUUUUCCUACUGCACUUCAAGCCAGCGAAAGUAAACCACUUCAGCUGGGGUGAGACGCCACCAGGACAAGUAGGACCCUCGCUGUCAGAGGUCUGAUUCCCCAGACAAGCUGUAGAGGUGCCACACCACCAAGUGGCUGGGCCGCGCCACCGUGGAGGGGCACAUGAGCCCCGCGUCGGGGAGGGGAGCUGCUCACGCACCCCAGGUGAGCAAGGAGCUGUGCUUGUCAUUCGGCACCCUGAGUUAAUGUUAUCAGAAUGCCAUUGGUUCACAUUAAGUUACAAACUGAGCAUCGAAAAGUACAUUUAAUUUCAAGACGAUUCAUACACUGUAUCUUGGUUGUGACAGACACGGUUUACAAAUCUGAGAUGUGGAACAGAGUUGUUUAAGCAUUAGUCAACCCUGGUCCUUAAGGAAAAGCAGUUCUAGUAAAAUAGGAUUGUGUAUAUUUGUUCAGCUAUUUUGACCAAAAAGUUUAAUAAAUUUUAAAUGUUUAACUGGA